AUGGAACUACAUUCUUUCCUUCACAUGAGAUUACUACAUCUGCAAAGAAGUCUGAAAAUAAAGCAGCAUUGGAAGACCAAGUGUAACCUCAGCCAGUCUCCAGAACAUGGGAACAGAGAUGUGAGCAAAAAGAUUAUCUUGUAUAAACCUGUAGACCAUGGUUUGAAACCCAAUUUGAAUGGAAGUCUGGCAUACAGAUCUCUAGCAAUGAAAAUGAAAAAUAUUUAUUUUAUUGCUGGACUCCUUUUAAUGAUAGUUCAAGGCAGCUGGCAAAAUCCUCUUCAGGAUACGGAGGAGAAAUCAAGAUCAUUCAAAGCUUCCCAAUCUGAACCACUAGAUGAAUCCAGGCAGCUGAAUGAAGUAAAGCGUCAUUCACAAGGCACGUUCACCAGUGACUACAGCAAAUACUUGGACAGCAGACGAGCUCAGGAUUUUGUGCAAUGGUUAAUGAGCACUAAAAGAAAUGGCCAACAAGGACAGGAGGACAAAGAGAAUGACAAAUUCCCGGACCAUCUAUCAAGCAAUGCAAUUUCCAAGCGUCAUUCUGAAUUUGAGAGACAUGCUGAAGGCACCUACACCAGUGAUAUCACCUCUUAUUUGGAAGGUCAAGCUGCCAAAGAAUUCAUUGCUUGGUUAGUGAAUGGACGAGGAAGAAGAGAUUUCCCAGAAGAAGCUUUAAUGGCUGAAGAAAUGGGCCGAAGACACGCAGAUGGCACUUUCACAAGUGAUAUCAACAAAAUUCUGGAUGAUAUGGCUGCCAAAGAGUUCCUAAAAUGGCUGAUUAACACAAAAGUUACCCAAAGAGACCUUUUGGGAGAAUAUCAAUAAGAAUGCAGGAUAAAAAUGGGAUAAAUGAAGAUCUUCACUGCCUGAAUUGCCAGCUACAAAGAGAUUCUGAAAUCUAUAUUGUCAUUUACAUUGGGUGUAACAAAGCUAUGUCACCUUGCAUGCCAGGAAAUAAUUGUAGUUUCAUUUAAUGUUGCCAAAGGAUUAUAUAUGGAAUACCUAUCAUCUAAGGGAUGGUUAUCAAAAUAGCUUUAAGAUUAUGAAAGUUCCACUUCUUUAUAUUUUCCAUUUAUUUGGACUGAAAUAACUCCAUUUAUAUUUACUUAUGAAAUUAUUUUUCUAAAAAUUGAUUUAUGCACGCAAAUGAUUCAAUCACCAGUUAUUAUCUAGGGCUGGCAGCUGUAAGUGUCUGAAAAGUGAAUAUCCCUGUUGAAACCUUUGUUAUAAAAAGGCUAAGCUUUAAGGAUAUUAAAUAAUAGCCUUAAAUAAAUUUUUUCAAGCUUCUUUUCUGUUGACU